GAGUGACAAUCUAGAGUUCUAGACAACCAUUUUUAGUGUUUACAGUUUUACUCUCCCCAAAUGUCAAAAUCUGUCAAGAUUUACCACGAAACAAAUUGUUGCAAUACCAGAUCCAAAGCAAACGGCAUGCUGUAGUGUGAAAGCAAGCAGAAGUUACAGUGAUCAAUUUUGCAUCUUCUUCGUCUUCCUUCUUGCAGUCGAAGAAGACGACUGCACCAAAAAUGGUGGCUCCUAAGAACUCCUCCUCUCCUUCUCUCCCCAAAUCCGGCGCAAUUUCCAAGGGCUACAACUUCGCUUCCACUUGGGAACAGAAUACUCCAUUGACAGAGCAACAGCAAUCAGCGAUCGUUGCCUUGUCUCAUGCUGUUGCUGAGCGUCCCUUUCCUCCCAAUUUGACGCAGGAUCGAGUUCCGGGGCAGGGACAUGGUUUAUCCAUUGAUACUCAGGACAGUGUUGCUGAUAGUUCUGCUGCCAUUGAGGCUGUUUUGGUCAACACAAAUCAGUUUUAUAAAUGGUUCACAGAUCUCGAAGCAGCAAUGAAAUCAGAGACAGAGGAAAAGUAUAGACAUUAUGUGGAUACUUUGAUACAGCGCAUUCAAACUUGUGAUGGUAUACUUCGGCAGGUGGAUGAUACCCUUGAACUGUUUAAUGAGCUACAGUUUCAACAUCAAGCAGUGGCAACUAAGACUAAAACUCUUCAUGAUGCUUGUGAUAGGCUGCUGAUAGAAAAGCAGAGAUUGAUUGAAUUUGCAGAUGCUCUUCGGAGCAAGCUUAGCUACUUUGAUGAAUUGGAGAACAUUUCAACAAGCUUUUAUUCCCCUAGCAUGAGUGUUGGAAAUCGUGACUUUCUUCCUCUGCUGAAGCGGCUAGAUGAGUGCAUAUCAUAUGUUGAGAGCAACCCCCAAUAUGCAGAAUCCAGUGUCUACUUGGUCAAAUUCCGGCAGCUCCAGUCACGAGCAUUGAAUGCGAUACGGUCUCAUAUCCAGUCAGUCCUCAAAAAUGCCUCAUCUCAGGUUCAUGAUGCAAUACGGAAUAUUGGUGGCAGUAAACCAGCUGUCUCUGAAAGCGUGGAGGCAUCCGUUAUCUAUGUCCGUUUCAAGGCUGCUGCAAGUGAGCUCAAAAUUGUAUUGGAGGAAAUUGAGAGUAGAUCAUCGCGGAAAGAGUAUUCCCAGCUUCUCGCAGAAUGCCACAAGUUGUACAGCGAGCAGAGGCUUUCAUUGCUGAAAGGCAUUGUGCAGCAGCGAAUAUCUGACUUUUCUAAGAAAGAGGCAUUGCCAUCAUUGACUCGGUCUGGUUGUGCGUACUUGGCUCAGGUUUAUCAGCUCGAACACCAACUUUUUAGUCAUUUUUUCCCGGCUUCUUCAGAGGAUGUUUCAAGUUUGGCUUCUUUGAUAGAUCCUCUGUGCACUUACUUAUAUGAUACCCUACGCCCAAAGUUUAUUCAUGAAACAAAUAUAGAUUUCCUCUGUGAACUUGUUGAUGUGCUGAAAGUAGAGGUCCUUGGAGAGCAGCUCAGUAGACGAAGUGAAUCAUUAGCUGGUCUGCGGCCAACUUUUGAAAGAAUUUUGGCUGAUGUACAUGAACGACUUACAUUUCGCGCUCGGACUCAUAUUCGUGAUGAAAUAGCAAAUUAUUUUCCUGCUAAUGAAGACUUGGAUUAUCCUGCAAAGCUGGAACAAUCCCCUGAGGUUAUAGAGGAAGCUCAAACUAGUGAAGAGAAUCAAGAUGUCUUCAAAUCAUGGUACCCGGCCUUGGAAAAAACUCUGUCCCUGCUGUCAAAAUUGUAUCGAUGUUUAGAACCAGGCGUUUUCACUGGUCUAGCUCAGGAAGCAGUGGAAGUCUGUUCUUUGUCCGUUCAAAAAGCAAGUAAACUCAUAUCACAGAGAUCGUCGCCAAUGGAUGGGCAACUUUUCCUGAUAAAGCAUCUUCUAAUCUUAAGAGAGCAGAUUGCACCAUUUGAUAUAGAAUUUUCGGUCACGCAUAAGGAGCUCGAUUUCUCUCAUUUGCUGGAUCAUCUUAGACGACUUCUUAGAGGACAAGCCUCUCUAUUUGAUUGGUCAAGAUCAUCAUCAUUGGCAAGGACCUUUUCUCCGCGAGUUCUGGAAAGUCAAGUAGAUGCUAAGAAGGAUUUGGAGAAAAUUCUUAAAUCCACUUGUGAAGAAUUCAUAAUGUCGGUGACAAAGAUAAUAGUGGAUCCGCUGCUUUCAUUUGUGGCCAAGGUGACAGCUGUGAAAGUUGCAGUUUCUGCUGGCAAUCAAAACCAAAAACUUGAGACUGUCGGAGUGAAGCCUCUAAAGGAGCAAGCUUUUGCGACCCCGGAAAAGGUGUCAGAACUAGUUUUGAAGGUGAACUCUAUGAUACAGCAGGAGUUACCAAAAGUGAUAAAGAAAAUGAAGCUUUAUCUUCUAAAUCCAUCAACACGGACAAUACUUUUCAAGCCAAUAAAGACAAAUAUAUUGGAAGCUCAUACACAGGUACAAUCGCUUCUAAAGUCAGAGUACUCAAAAGAAGAGAUAGAGAGCAUCAAUGUGGUUUCUACAGAGGAUUUACAGGUACAACUUGACAGCCUACUCUAGGAAUUGUCUAUGCGUGAAUCAAAGCCAUAUACUUCAACUAUUAGGAAUUGUUCAUAUUAAAUCUACAGAUGAGAUUAUAUUUCCAGGAGUGAUGAUUCAUUGUUCACAAGAUAUGAGUUAAUACAUAUUUUGAGUUCUAUUAUAUUAUCGUAGAUGGAUUUACCUAUGUUUGUUUCACUUGUAUUAUAUCUUUUGCAAUAUUUUUUCUAAGCACCAAAUUCUUUUUGUUGGAUCUGAGUA